CCCGCAAGUGCCCAGAGGACGCCCUCUCUUUCGGCGAGCCUGGGAAGUGGAGCGCGAGUCACGGGAAAGACAACGAAAGUUGGCGCUUCGCUUUCUUCCCACAGGGCGCCUCCGUCCGCUGCAGCUGCCGGGGCGAAAGCUGCCACGUCACUGCCUUCUUCCUUUCUCCUGCUGCUUUGGCUGCCCCCCCCCCCCGGCCGAAGCUGUUCCUGGGUAGCGGCGCCUGGGCUGCAGCUCAGCCGAAGGAGGCCGAGGUGGGAGCGAGCGAGCUUGGCUGGUUGGCUGUUUCCGCAUUGCCCGCCAACAUUCCCUUGGCUUCUGCAAACUUAAGGGACUCUUCUGGGAAGCUCCGGACUAAAAAUCUCUACCUUGACCCUCCAUUUGGUUGGAGAAUGACUCCCUUCUUUUCGGUUCUUUCCUUUUUCGGAACAAAAAGAGCCAGGGAUAGCAUGGGAAACAAUAGGUCAGACCGGUUUGAGAUAUUGGUGACCGAGGUAGGCUGGCUUGUUAUUGGGAGAACGGCGGGAAAAAUAAUUGCAGAAGCCUUUUAACGAGGCGCCUGGAGUUCCUUGAGGGUCCAGCCCUUGUGCCGGUUUGCCGGGGAGUAGUUUGCUUUGAUUGCACAACGCACGAAUCAGCCCAGUGAGAUAGGGGUUCAGUCAGUUUAUUUCCAUACGUGUGGAAGCUUGGCAGGCUAAGUCACUGUCUCCUGUGGACAACCAGCACUAUACUACUACUAACAGCAACACAACCACAGGGACAUUUCCUUUGCCAUGAGUGGACUGAGAGUUGUUACCUAUGUUAAAGAAUGUGAGUCUGUAUAGCUACAGCCUCAUCGGUAAAAUCUGUAUUAUGUGCAGCACCCUGUUCUCUUAUCUACAGGCCUUAGGAAGAAUCAUUUAUUUUUUAAUUGUGUUUUGGGGGGACGGGUUAUUCUUAAUUUGCACACAUACAUUGAAGUAUUUGCCAGUCUAAAACCAGCAGUCUAGUUCGAGUAGGUCAAAAGAAUCCAGCCAUUUAUGGAUAACUGGGAGGGGAGGAAAGAAGGUGAUUCAGGGCUAUGUUCUGGGCCCAAGUGUUGAGUUGCAGCUGUAGAUCUUAUCAUUAAUGUCAAAGAAAGUAUAUAUCUGGUAGGAUCUUUGAGAUAGGUAGGAUCUUCCAUUAAGAAGAGCCUGUGCGUAAGGGGAGUUCUUCAGCUAUGGGGUCUGCUUCAUCUUUGGUUAAUCCAAUGGUCACUGUUGGGGAGGUGAUUGAAGAUCCAUAUGAGGGAGGAGGUGGUGAGGCCUGCGAAAUUCCUGUUGAGGUGAAGCCGAAGGCCCGUCUUCUGCGCAGUUCUUUUCGGCGUGUGGGUGCAUCCCGGCCUGGAGGCCUCAUUGGUGCAAGCUUCAAAUCUACUGCUUCUGUACAAGAGCUGGAAUGCAUGGCCGAAUAUGAACGCCUGAAAAAGGAAUAUGAGAUCUUCCGCAUUAGCAAGAACAACGAGGUGGCUGCCAUGAUGAAGAAAGAGGCCAAGCUGGACAAAGAAAACAAGCGCCUGAGGGCAGAACUUCAGGCACUUCAGAAAACAUAUCAGAAAAUCCUCAGAGAAAAGGAAAGUGCUUUAGAGGCCAAAUAUCAAGCUAUGGAAAGAGCAGCUACAUUUGAACAUGAUCGUGACAAAGUCAAAAGGCAGUUCAAAAUUUUCAGAGAAACCAAGGAAAAUGAAAUUCAGGAUCUACUGAGGGCCAAGCGAGAGCUUGAAGCAAAACUUCAGAGGUUGCAAGCUCAAGGUAUCCAAAUAUUUGAUCCUGAAGAGUCAGAUUCGGAUGACAGCUGUGCAGAAAUUACUGCUGCUGGAGGUCAGACAGAAUAUUGGACAGGAGGAGUCUUGGGAAGUGAGCCUUCCAUGGGCAGUAUGAUGCAGCUUCAGCAGUCUUUCAGAGGACCUGAGUUUGCACAUAGUUCCAUAGACGUAGAAGGACCAUUUGCAAAUGUCAGUAGAGAUGAUUGGGAUGCAGCUGUUGCCAGUUUAUUGCAAGUCACUCCUUUGUUUUCCCACUCUUUGUGGAGUAACACAGUAAGAGUGUAUCUCAUCAAUACUGAAGAGACUCAGUUAGAAGUGGACAUAUUCAUAAAGAAAUACUCUCCAAAACUUCAGAAAUAUUGUGAGACAAUGGAGUAUUUUUUUCAAGUUGUCCAUUUUCCAGUAGAAAAUGAGAGUUCUCUACGUGCUGUGAGGAAAUGGGAAAUUGAGAAAAGUUCUCUAACCAUUUUGUUUUUACAUUUAAGUUUGCCAAGCUGUCUACUGGAUGAGUGUGAAGAAGCCUUUUUGAAAAACCCUGAAGGGAAACCCCGGCUCAUUUAUCACCGACUAGAAGAUGGUCAAGUCAGUUCAGAUUCUGUGCAGCAGUUAAUUGAGCAAGUUCGCUUUGUGAACAAAGCAAAGAUCAUCAACCACGCAGGAGGAUUAGAGGAAGGAGCACAUGAAGUGUAUAACUAUGUGGAAAAGAUUAUAAAACAGGAUAUAUUGGGUUGUGAACUUUCACAAUUAGAAAAGAAAGAUGUGACUGAUAAUGGUGACUCUUCAGUUCCUGAAGAGGAACUGUUUGGAGAUGUGCUGUGGGAUGCACAUGAUGAACAAGAACAAAUGGAGUCUUUCCAGCAGGCAUCUAAUUCAACAUGUGAGCUCGGAUUUGACAAAUAUUAUGAACGUCUGAAUGAUCUGGUGGCAGCCCCCGCACCAAUUCCACCCCUCCUUGUAUCUGGAGAUCCAGGCUCUGGAAAAUCUCUCCUUUUAUCAAAAUGGAUUCAGUUACAGCAGAAGCAUUCUCCAAAUACACUCAUUCUCUAUCAUUUUGUUGGGAAUCCCAUGUCUAGCAGUUCAGAGCCUACAUUGAUCCUCAAACGUCUCACUUUAAAACUUAUGCAAAAUUCCUGGUCAGUCUCACCUACAUCGUUGGAUCCAGCUAAAUUAUUAGAAGAAUUUCCUCGUUGGCUAGAGAAACUUUCUGCUCGUCAGCAAGGCAGUAUUAUAAUCAUUAUUGAUUCAGUUGAUCAAAUUCAGCAAGCUGAAAAGCAUAUGAAGUGGCUGAUUGAUCCCCUGCCAGUGAAUGUAAGGGUUGUAGUAUCUGUGAAUGUUGAAAGUUGUCCACAAGCUUGGAGGCUGUGGCCUACUCUUCAUCUUGAACCAUUACCUGUUAGCUAUGUGAAAUCUCUUAUUAAUGAAGAAUGUAACUGUGCAGGCCUGAAGCUGACCAAAGAGCAGGAGAAGAAGCUUGAGAAACACAGUUGUUCUACUUCAGUGUGCAAUGCCCUCUAUGUCACUCUUUUGGGCAGAUUGAUGGCUGGCACUAGAAGCACUGAAGAUAUUGAUGUGCUCCUUCAGAAGUGUUUCCAGUGCCAGGAUGUCGUGGCUCUUUACAAGAUAGUUCUGACAUCAGUUGAAGAGUCCUUGAAAAGUGAAAAAGAGAAAAGCCUCAUGAAAGAGAUUCUGUGCCUCAUCAUUGUUAGUCACAAUGGAAUCAGCGAAUCAGAAUUGAUGGAACUCUGCCCUGAACUAUCGUGGGAAAUGCUGGCCUCCUUAAUUUACAGAAUGCACAAGAUGUGCAUUUUGACAUAUAGAUGUGGCUUAUUAAGGUUUCAGCACCUUCAGGCUUGGGAGACAGUGAAAGUGGAAUAUAUGGAAGGAAGUCAGAAUGGUUUUGCCUCUUACAGAGAAAAACUGAUAGACUACUUUACCAGGCAACUAAGGGAAGAAAGAGUGACUUGGAGGAGUGCAGAUGAAUUGCCCUGGUUGUUCCAGCAACAAGGGGAAAAGCAGAAGUUACAUAAAUGCUUGUUGAAUCUCUUCGUAUCCCAGAAUCUUUAUAAAAGGGGACAUUUUGCAGAACUACUCAGCUAUUGGCAGCUUCUUGGGAAAGACAAGAGCUCCAUGGCAGCAGAAUAUUUUAGUUCUCUGAAGUUAUAUGAGAAAAGCUGUGAAGGAGAAGAAAGCAUGAUCUGUCUGGCUGAUCUUUAUGAAACUCUGGGACGAUUUCUUAAAGACCUAGGUCUUCUCAGUCAGGCAAUUGCUCCAUUGCAGCGCUCCCUGGAGAUUCGAGAGACUGCCCUUGAUCCUGAUCAUCCCAGAGUGGCCCAGUCACUUCAUCAGCUAGCUAGUGUUUAUGUGCAAUGGAAGAAAUAUGGCAAUGCUGAGCAAUUAUAUAAGCAAGCUCUUGAAAUUUCUGAAAAUGCUUAUGGAUCUGAUCAUCUCAGGAUUGCUCGCGAACUUGAUGCUCUUGCAACAUUAUAUCAGAAGCAGAACAAAUUUGAACAAGCUGAACAUCUCAGGAAGAAAUCCUUCAAAAUUCAGCAAAAAGCUGCAAGGCGUAAAGGCAGCCUGUAUGGAGUUGCUCUUCUUCGCCAACGAGCUCUGCAGCUGGAAGAGCUUACUUUGGGCAAAGAUACCUCAGAUAAUGCUCGAACACUUAAUGAGCUUGGAGUUCUCUACUAUCUUCAGAAUAAUCUGGAGACAGCAGAGCUUUUCCUGAAACGCUCUUUGGAAAUGAGAGAAAGAGUUCUUGGGCCCAGUCACCCUGAUUGUGCCCAGUCACUGAACAAUUUAGCAGCCCUCAACAAUGAAAAGAAGAACUAUGAGAAGGCAGAGGAAUUGUAUGAGCGAGCGUUGAACAUCAGGAGAAGAGCAUUAGCCCCUGACCACCCUUCUCUGGCUUACACUGUGAAACAUCUAGCUGUGCUCUACAAAAAGCUGGGAAAGCUUGACAAAGCUGUGCCUCUGUAUGAGCUUGCUGUUGAAAUCAGACAAAAAUCCUUUGGUCCAAAGCAUCCAAGUGUGGCUACUGCUUUGGUAAACCUGGCAGUUCUUUAUUGUCAAAUGAAAAAACAUCAGGAAGCGUUGCCUCUUUAUGAACGUGCACUGAAAAUUUAUGAAGACAGCUUUGGACAUAUGCAUCCUCGUGUAGGGGAAACAUUAAAAAAUUUGGCUGUGCUAAGCUAUGAAGGGGGUGAGUUUGAGAAGGCUGCUGAGCUCUAUAAGAGAGCCAUGGAAAUUAAAGAAGCAGAGAUGCUGGUAAUUGGUGGAAAAGCUACUUCCCAUCACUCAUCGACUGGAGACACCCUCAGCACGAAGAGUGCUUUUUCUCCCAAUAUGUUUUUUCAACAUGGACAAAGAUAAUGGAAGGUAGCAUAUUAAUGAUUAAAAGGAAACAUUUGAACUGAAAAGAAAUAAGGUUCCAUCUUAAGAGAGUGGGAAAAGUGAAGAGAAAAUAAAAGUUAAAAAUUAAUGUUAAUUAGUUAACACUGAUCUUGAGCAUAUUCUAUUAAUCUAAGGCCCAUUAAUUUUAAGGAUUUGGCUAAUGCUUCAAAAAUUAUUAUCAGCUAAUUGUAAACUACAUUUCCUAUUAGUAUUGGCAGUGUAAAUACAACUAUGGUAUUAAUUUUUUCUACCUCUUUUAGAAACAACUUGAAUUGUUAAAAUGAUUCUAGAAAGUUCAGUAAAUAUUUGCCCCCAAUUUUGUGUAAGUGGAAAUCAUUUAAUGACCAUUUGGAUUUUUGUAUUGCCAUUCUUUCUCCAUUGUAGUUAUAAAUGAAACUAGGAAUUGACAGAACAAUUACAAUCUGCAUACCAUUGCAGAGGUUUUGAUCUCAGUGAGAUUUAUUUUUAAAAAUUAACUCUAUAGUCAAAAUUAAUUAUUUGACUACUUAUACAGAUGAAUAGUUGAGAUAUAGAAUAUGAAAACUAAUUCUCUCUGUAUAGAAAUAUUUAAAAAUAAUAACACAAAUGUCUCAUUGUUAAAAAAAUGUAGACUUUGGAAUAGAAAAAACUUAAAAUAUACUGGUUUCAUUUGUAUCUAAUAUGUACACUAUAUUUUAUUAUUAUUUGAAUAUACUUAUGCUUAUAUUUUCUUAUGCUUUUCUAAGGACUGAAAUCAGUACUGUUUAUGUACUUUAGCUAUACUUUAAUUAGUGUCCAAACAUUGGCUUGGUUUACUGAAAAAAGCCAAUUUCAAAUAUUGGUUUAGGAAGGUGAAGUUUUAAUAAUCCAUAAUAAAUAUUAUCCACAGUACAGGGCUGCAUUUGCACUUUUUAUUGUUCGUAAUUAAAUGAAAAUCGAGAUUUCCUCCUGGGAUGCUAGGAUGUACAGCAUAUAUGGAUAUCUGCCAGGAUAGAAGCAUAGGGAUUAAAUGAUGACAGAUAUACGACUAUGUCAUUAUGCAAAUGUUGCCACUUAUAUAUUUGCAUCAGAUGUUGGGACACAAGUAUGUAAGGAUGGCAUUUGUAUGGUGACAUCACUGAAUGCAUCAUUUUCGCAUCAUUGUCAUGUUAAAGCCACCACUGAGCGUAUGGCUGAUGUCCUAACAGCCAGGAACCACGCUGAGACAAGGAACAGGUCUCUAGUGUUUUAUUGUUG